GGUUAUCUCAUUCUCAAUUGACAUGUCCCCUCCACACCUAGCCUGGACUACUACACUUUGAUCCUGGCUUCGACCAGCGGCUUUGGAUGUUGUUCUGUGCGCCCAAUGAUCACGCCAAGUAGUCUCCAUAGCCAAAUUCCGUCUCUUCCCUUCCGAUUCACUUUGUGCUUUACCUAAGGUCUGGAAUUGAAAGGGCAAGUGUGGUCGUCCUCGUCUCGAGUCUUCGAUGCCCGGUUGGCCAAAAGGGUUGGUGUGGAGUCGAUAUGACGGCACCACCCUGACGGCACUGUCUCGGCCUCUCUGUGACUGAAUCGCAUGUUCUCCCUCUCUGCUGUCGCUCGCUUCCGUUCUCGAUUCUUCCAUCCGGGCUUUUCCUUCUACAUAGGUCCGACCGGACUGUAAAGUGGUGCCACUAUAAAACCUCCUGCUUGCUCAUCACAUCCAUUCACUUUUGUCUUGCCAAUGCGAGCAAGUUGUCGUCGCCUCUUCUCCGUCUCUGCAGUCACCCUUCGUCCGAAGCCUUUGAACCCCCGAGUUGCUACCUUUACUACCAAGACAAUGGCUCUCCACCCGGCUCAAGAUGGCGCAAAGCUCAUCUUUGCCCCCGCCGGUGCCUCAGCCGACCCGUCCGUCCCCGGUCAAGCGGCUCAGUUCCUCAAGGCCGAGACCCGAGGAGGCUUGCGACGCUCCGACCUUGACCCCGAUAGUCCCAUUACCCAAUUCCACAAAUGGUUCACGGACGCUUGCCAACCCGAAACGGGCAUUUCCCACCCCGAAACCUGCACGCUAUCGACUGCACAGUUGCCCUCGGGUCGCGUCUCGUCGCGCAUGGUGUACAUGAAGGAGCUGGACCCAAAGGGCUUUGUUAUAUACAGCAACUUUGGCACCAGCGGGAAGGCGCGCGACUUGUUUGGCAGUGAGGAUGGAUCCAGCACCGGCAACCCAUGGGCUUCUCUUGUUUUCUGGUGGGAGCCGUUGGAAAGGCAGGUCAGGGUGGAGGGAAGAGCGGAGCGCUUGACACGAGAGGAGAGCCAGGCUUACUUUGACACAAGAGUUCGUGGCAGUCGUCUUGGCGCCUGGUCAAGCAAACAAAGCGCUGUCCUCCAUCCCGACCCUGCGGAUCCCGACGACGACGGACGAAGACAGCUGGACAAGUGGGUCAAGGAGUCGGAGCAGCGCUUUGAAGGCGAGGAGAAGAUCCCCGUCCCGGAGUUCUGGGGAGGCUUGCGCAUCGUUCCUGAACGGGUCGAGUUCUGGCAGGGAAGGCAGAACCGUCUACACGAUCGGUUUGUCUACGACCGCGUCCAUCAAGAUGGAGGUGAAGACAAGUGGACUUUGGAGAGGCUAAGUCCAUAAGUUUAGCUAGGUACUUAUCGUUCUGGUCGGUUGGUUUACUUCGUUUUGCUUAUGAUCAUGAUCGGUUCCUUUCUUUCUUUCUCUCUUUCUUUCUUUACCUACCCGGCACAUUUUG